CAAUCGUACCGUAAUACAUACAACUACGCCCUAGGGCAGUCAACUUACUGAUACCAAAGCAAAAAACUCUAGAUCGAUUGAAUAAUAUUCUUCGAAAACAUUAACGGUCACAUGUAAAUUGCACCCAGGCGUAGCUUACCUGCGGCGGGUCCCUAGUAAUUUUAUACUUUUACAACAGCCGCCCCAAAAAUGUAAACCAUGGCCAAACAUACGGCUCACGGUCUUAGAAGGCCCAGUGUGCCCUCAACUAGACGAGUACUAUGGUAUCAUCCCAUUUCAUCCUAAUGGCAUGGAAGAAGACUGCAUGUAUGCCAACGUCUACUCGCCAACAUGUGCCAAACUGAAUGGCAACAACUUAGACGAGGGGCUCCCCAUACUGGUGAACAUCCACGGCGGGGCGUACCAGUCGGGGUCCGGAAAUCCUGAUCUCCAUGGACCCGGAUACUUAAUGUACAAGGGCGACGUGGUCGUGAUGUCUUUCAAUUACAGGCUUGCAGUAUUUGGCUUUUUGUCAUUGGAUUCAGAUAAGAUCCCCGGCAAUAACGGUUUGCGCGACAUUAUCUUCUUCCUUCAGUGGGUGCAGGAGAAUGCAAAAGCGUUCGGUGGCAACCCCAGGGACGUGACACUUAUCGGUCACAGCAUGGCUGCCAUGACCGUACAUUUGCUGUCACUGUCUAAAGCCGCUGAGGGCUUGUUCCAAAGGCUCAUCAUGUUAAGCGGUACGGCCAUACCCAUGUUCUACAGCGCGUCGCCAGUAUAUGCCAGGUUUGUAGCAGGAAUGUUCCUCAAAGCAGCCGGCAUCACUGCUACAGACCCCGCCGUAAUCCAUAAACAGCUGAUAAAAAUGCCGUUAAACGACAUUAUGUAUGCAAAUAGCAUCGUUCAGUACAAAACAGGUAUUACAACCUUCCUUACAAUCGCAGAUGUAAUUUAGUACAUGAUAAAUUAAUAAAUCAUUUCCUUCAAAUGCGAUUAACUUAAAAGAUGUUUAAUCCAGGCUCAUCAUGUUAAGCGGUACGGCCAUACCCAUUAGGGUGGAGCGUCAAAGUAUGGAGAAAAAAAAAAGUCAUCAAAUCGAUUUUGAACACCUGCGGAAAGUUGCAUAUGGCAAAAUUAUAUGUAAAUAUAUUUUUAUUUUAUUUUUUUGACAUAUUUUUUAGCCCUCUACCUUAGGUCAAACUUUUUAAAAAAAUACAUUAAAUAAGAUAUUUUUUAAAUCAGUACAAAAUAACAUCAAAAUCAGUAAUCUUUUAUAUUUUAGCAUAAACUUAAACAUAAAAUACUACUAAUAAUAAUAAUACAAUGAACUGAAUUCUUUAUUGAGGGAAAAAUAUGAAAAAUCAAUAUGAAAUUGAAAGCCAAAAAUAACAAAAUCGUGAAAAAUUGCGUAAAUUAUUCAGAUUUUUAGGGGUACUUUAAAAUGGUUUUUGUUUUAAAAUAUGGCAUUAUUGCGCGCAAUUUUAUGUUAGAUAAACAUAAAAAUGAACUUCUUUGUAUAACAGGAUCAAUAAUCUUUUUAAUGUCAGCGCUCAAACAUCGGAAAAAUUCUAUUCAUUUGUAGAUGUGGGUUCGCCCUUGUUUAAACGAACUUUCUUUCUUUAUACAA